AUAUUGAGCAAAAUUCCCAAAAUCACCCAUCCACCGCCUCAAUGGAUUCGAGAACCUUCCCUUCCUUUACCACCCGAGCAUUACAGUGAGCCAACGCACAGAGCUUCACAAGUGUGAUAUUCAUCAUACACACAUAGAGAUACGGAAGAGAAGACUCCAAUUAAGCAAGCAUGUUCAAGAAGCCUGUGGAGUCAAGAACACAGCAACGUUUGUCUGGUGCUGACCGUAAGAAGUUGAAGAGAACCGUCAAAGAACGAUUCCCCUAUGCCUCCGAUGCUGAUAUCGACGUCUUAAUCCCCCCUAAGGCAGAAAUAACGGUUUCGAAGUUCCCAAACCGAAUUCAUGUGUAUGGUCUUGAAGGUAGCUUUCCAAUGUUUUUUGAUGUUGAUGGCCGAGGCACUGAAAUAUUCCCUACAGUGUGCCAAUCGUUUACCUAUUUCAUGAUGGCAGUUUUUGCUCUCUGGAAGGUCCCUGACCUCUUGCCUGCAUUUAUACUUAAAGGGGGUGAGGUUUCGCGUUUUAUCAUUGGAGGAGCAGAUUUGAUGUUCCCUGGCAUUUAUAUACCCGCAGAGGGUCUACCAUCAUUUUUAGCUGGGAAGCCAUGGGCGGUGAAAGUGCCUGGCAACCCAGCUCCAAUUGCAGUUGGGACUACAACCAUGAGUAGUACUGAAGCUGUAAAAGCUGGUUUGCGUGGAAAGGCUUUGAGAAUAACUCACUACUACAGGGACUCACUUUGGGGAUCAGUAGAAGGCCAUUAUGUUCCGAAUGCUGGUUUUCUAGAAGAUGUUGUGUUUGAAGAUCCUUCUUUAUUUGCUUCCCAGACUUCUGAUUCAUGUGAAACUGAUGAUUCAAUUGAUCAACAGAAUGGCAUCAAUAAUGAAGAAGUAGGGGAGGCUAGUGAUGUUGCAGAUGCUCACUCUGACCUUGAUCCAGCUUCCCAAACACAUACUGAUUUACAAAACGAUAUAGCUGAACAAGUAGCUGCAGAUGUGGGUGAUCUGAAAGUAACAGAAAAUGCUUCAACUGAUGAACUAAAUGUUGAGGACCAGCAUACUCUAUCUAGUGAAGAUCUAGAUGCACUUUUGGACAAAUGCCUUCUGCAAGCAUUGCAUACAACAGUUACAGAUAAAGAUCUUCCCAUUCCUGGAAGUACAUUAUGGUCAAGUCACGUCCUACCUUGUAGACCUUCAGGCAUCACCCUGGAUAUCAAGAAGUCAUCACACAAGAAAUUGUCCAAGUGGUUACAGUCUAAAUCAUCUGCAGGAUUGAUAUCUGUUAAAGAAGAUAAGCAUAAGAAAGAGGUUAUACUUAUUUCCAUUAACCGUAGUCAUCCGGACUACACAUCCUUCAAGCCAGAGAAACGGAAAGCGGAGAAAAAUGAGCAAACUGUUCACAGUACCACUGAAGGAAGUUUGCAUAAAGUAUUGGAAGUGACGGAGAUCUAUAAACCAAGUGUGCAUGUUAAUCCAAUUUUUGCUUCUGUGGGAACUGAUACUUUGAAACUUUACAGUGCAUCAGAAGCCACUGAUGUUGUCUUUAAGUACAUCGAACAAGAAAAUCUAAUCAAACCAACAAAUAAGUCAAUUGUGAUUUUGGAUGCAACACUAUGUGAUGCUUUGUACAAAGGAACCAUCAAGAAAGGCUCAACUUACCCAACUGAAAUUCAUAAGAAGGAUUUAGGGCAUACAUUUAUAAAUCGAAUGCAACCUCAUCACAGAGUUACUAGGGGAAGUGAGUCAGUUGUCCGCAAAGGUGCUUUGAAAACAAUUCAAAUAAUGACAGAGCGGAGACAAGGUAACAAGAAAGUAACAAAACUCUCGGGGAUGGAGUCAUUUUUGAUGGAUGCUGAAGCUUUGGCGUCAGAGCUGCAGAAGAAAUUCGCAUGUAGUACAUCCGUGGCAGAACUACCUGGUAUGCCAUCUUAUCAACCCUUUCUUUUGAAAUGCCUAAAUUUUGAUGGAUGUGUGUGUACACUGGUUUUAGUCUUCUUUGUUGCAGUUCAUAAUAUAGCAUUUACAUUCUUUGGACAUGCUAGAGGAAGUAUCUCAGUCUUUUUUAGUUGGACAAGUUGGGGGACACACGGUGUCUCAUUUUUUUUUUUUUAUUAAAAAAAAAAAAAAUUUGCCACAAGCAUUACCCAAAGUCGAUGAAUUUGAUUAGAAAAAAAUAUUUGACGUAGAAUCAAUAUAUAAAAUUAUACGUUUUUCACGUGUAGCAUGUCGUGUCCUGCAUUUUUGGAAAACUUUCAUGUUCACGUGUCCAUGUCCGUGUCUUGUCACGUCUAUGUCUGUGCUUCUUAGCAUGAAACACAUUUCAAGUUUACACAAAAAUAACUUGGGUUAGGGUCUAGUGAUAAAAGAAAAAUGUAGAUUUUUACCUAUAAAAAUUUGUAUUAUGUUGUAUAUUUUUAUUAACUUUGAAUGAAAUAUUCGUACAUAUAUAAAAUCAUAUGUUUUUUGCAUGUCUCCCGCAUGUCAUGUUUUUUAUUUUUUGAAUAUUAUCAUGUCAGUGUGUUAGUGCGGUGCAUGUGUUGUGUCAUGUGUCUGUACUGUAUAUGGGAUAUAUCUUUGUACCAACUUGAGAAUGAGGGUUGUGAUUUAUGCUUUAUUUAGUUGUUUAGUAGCCUCAGGGGUAUUUUUUAACUUAGAACCAUAUUAAUAUAAAUUUAUGGGUCUAAAGGAAAUAAACCAAAAUUUUGAGUUUCUCUCAUCAGCCAUUCAUUUUGUCUCAAUCUUCUCUCUGUCUUCCUUUUUGUUGUUUUCUCUUUGCUGUAAAUUAACUAUUUGGUAGCAUGUUUUCUCUGCAGCCUACCACAAAAUUUUUGUGGAUUUCAUUGACUAUGUUGUGAUGGUCACUAAAUGUUUCUGAUACAUUUAUAGUUGCAUAGAAACAUUAAAUUCUUUUUUUUUUUUUGAUCGGCGAAACACUAAAUUCUUUUUGUUGUAUUCUUGGCGGGGUCCUUGCAAACUUCCUUUUUGGUUGGGUCCAUGGCCAUAAUGAACUCAGUGAUUCUCGUUUCAUUUUUUCGUGGUUGUAUUGGUAUGUAGGCAGUAUAAUUUUUGUGUUACUUUUAAAGCUGUCUGUUGCAUCUUUUCCUCUUUUUUUUUUU